GAAUCAUUAUACUUUUUGACAUUCUAUCGAAUCAAAACCCUUCCACUGAAGCACUCCCUCCCCCACAUGGCUUCCACCAUUUGUUAUCAAAUCAAAACCGUCGGAUCGAACGAGGCCUGCGAAAGCGAAACCCAGGGGAAUUACAGGCGUCGUGCUCUCCUCGAUCCCUCGCCAUGAUUCGAUUUUGUCCGUUGCUUUCUUCCCAGACCAACUAGAGAGAGAGAGACAGAGUGAUAGUGAGAUAGAGAGAGAGAGAGAAGGGGAUACAUUUAUAUAUCGGAUGGAGGAGCUCCAAAUCAAGGUGGCCCAGGCUGUUCACGUCCUGAACCAUGACUCCCAGUCGUGCAACCGCGUCGCCGCGAACCAGUGGCUGGUUCAGUUCCAGCAGACCGAUUCCGCCUGGGAAGUCGCCACCUCGAUUCUCACCUCCGAUCAUCGCUCUUUCCGUACCGAUUUUGAAGUCGAGUUCUUCGCCGCUCAAAUCCUUAAACGGAAGAUUCAAAAUGAAGGAUAUUAUUUGCAGUUGGGCGCUAAAGAUGCUUUACUAAAUGCCCUUCUUAUAGCUGCUAAAAGAUUUAGUUCGGGCCCCCCACAGCUCUUAACACAGAUCUGUCUUGCGCUCUCUGCCCUCAUGCUACAUGCUGUUGAGCAUAGCAAACCUAUAGAGCAACUUUUUUACAGUCUCCAAAACCUGCAAACCCAGGAUGAUGGAAAUAUUGCUGUUUUGGAGAUGCUCACUGUCCUGCCAGAAGUGAUUGAAGAUCAGAGUGCGGAUUGUAACAUAAGUUCAGCUCGCCGUGGCGAGUACGGACGUGAGCUUCUUUCGCGCACUCCUAUGGUUCUUGACUUUCUACUGCAGCAAUAUGAGAAAAGUCUUGAUGGUGGUAUUCGACUACAUGAGAGAAACAGAAAGAUAUUGCGUUGCUUACUGAGUUGGGUUCGAGCUGGGUGCUUCUCAGAGAUUCCCCCCAGCUCAUUGCCAACCCAUCCACUUCUUAGUUUCGUGUUCAACUCUUUGCAGGUUGCUUUGUCAUUUGAUCUAGCUAUUGAAGUUCUCGUUGAGCUUGUGAGUCGAUAUGAGGGCGUACCACAGGUUUUGUUAUGCAGAAUAGGAUAUCUUAAAGAAGUACUUCUAUUACCAGCUCUUACAAAUGGAGAUGAGAAAGUGAUUGGUGGUCUUGCGUGUUUGAUGUCCGAAAUUGGUCAGGCGGCACCAUCUUUGAUCGUAGAAGCAAGUUCUGAAGCACUUGCAAUGGCGGAUGCACUUCUGAGUUGUGUAGCUUAUCCAAGUGGAGACUGGGAAAUAGCAGACUCAACUUUGCAGUUCUGGAUUAGUCUUGCCAGCUACAUUCUUGGUCUUGAUGUGGACACUGGGAGAAAAAGGAAACAUGUGGAAGACAUGUUCUUUUCAGUAUUCUCAGCAUUACUUGAUGCUCUUCUGUUGCGUGCUCAGGUGGACGACUCUACGAUUAAUGAUGAUACGGGGGCACUUGACCUGCCUGAUGGUCUUGCACAAUUUAGGAUGAACUUGGUGGAGCUUUUGGUUGAUAUUUGUCAGCUUUUAAGAUCUGCUACCUUUAUACAAAAGAUAUUCUUUGGUGGUUGGAUGACUUCCAACGAAGAAAUUUCUUGGAAGGAGGUGGAAACUAAAAUGUUUGCACUUAAUGUGGUUGCUGAAGUGGUACUGCAGGAAGGCCAAACCUUUGACUUUUCUGUGAUCAUGCACUUGGUGACAAUUUUGUCCAGUAGGGCAUCUAAUGAACUAAAAGGAUUUGUGUGCAUUGUGUAUAGAUCAGUUGCAGAUGUUGUUGGUUCCUAUUCCAAGUGGUUAUCUGCCUUCCAAACCAAUGCCAGACCCUUAUUAUUAUUUCUUGCUGCUGGGAUUUCACAACCUCAAUCUUCCACUGCUUGUGCUUCUGCUUUGCGUAAACUUUGUGAAGAUGCUUCGGCAGUAGUGUAUGAACCCUCAAAUUUGGAAAUUUUAAUCUGGAUAGGGGAGGGAUUGGAGAAAAGGCAUUUGCCUUUGGAAGAGGAGGAUGAAGUUGUCAGUGCAAUUACUCUACUACUUGGCUUUGUUCCUAGCAAGGAGAUAAGGAAUAACAUGUUAGCUAGAUUGCUUUGUCCUAGUUAUGAAUCCAUCGGGAAACUUAUUGAUGAUGCUCAUGGGCAUUCUUUAAGGCAGAAUCCAGCUACUUAUACACAGAUACUAAACUCUGCAGUAAGAGGACUGUACAGGAUAGGAACUACAUUCAGUCAUUUGGCAGCACCUCUAUCAAGUGGUCCUGCUGCAGAUGAUCCCACCCUUGUGCUGCUGGGGGUUUUCUGUCCGGUCCUUGAAAAACUUUUGAGGUCAGAUCACAUGGAAAAUGGAAGUUUAUCCAUGGCAGCUUGCAGGGCUCUUUCACAAGCAAUUCAUUCCUCUGGCCAGCACUUUGUAACACUAUUGCCCAAAGCAUUAGAUUGUCUGUCAACAAAUUUUCUGGCAUUCCAAAGUCAUGAUUGCUUUAUUAGAACUGCUUCUGUCGUCAUUGAGGAAUUUGGUAGCAAGGAGGACUAUGGACCUCUAUUCAUCAGUACUUUCCAAAGAUUUACGUAUGCAGCAUCCAUAAUGGCUCUUACCUCUUCAUAUAUAUGCGACCAAGAACCAGAUCUUGUGGAGGCAUACUCUAAUUUUGCAUCUACCUUUGUGUGUGGCUGUCCUAAGGAAGUACUAGCUGCCUCUGGCACCCUUCUUGAAGUAUCCCUUCAGAAGGCAGCUAUAUGCUGUACAGCUAUGCAUCGUGGAGCAGCACUGGCAGCAAUGUCAUAUAUGUCAUGUUUCUUGGAAGUUGGGCUCGCAUCUUUGUUGGAAUCAACGACCUGUGUCUCGGAAAGAUCAUUUGAUGCCAUGGCAAUUCAGGUCGUAUCUCAUAGUGGCGAGGGGAUUGUAUCUAAUGUGGUGUAUGCUUUACUUGGCGUUUCAGCGAUGUCAAGGGUUCACAAGUCCGCUACUAUUUUGCAACAAUUGGCUACAAUGUGCAGUUUAAGCGAGAGAACAAAGUGGAACACUAUGCUCUCUUGGGAAUCUUUGCAUGGAUGGCUUCGCUCUGCUGUACACACCCUACCAAUUGAGUAUCUAAAACAAGGGGAGGCAGAAGCUUUAGUACCCAUUUGGCUGAAAGCUCUUGCUGGAGCAGCCACAGAUUAUGUCGAGAGUAAAAGCUGUGACGGAGGAAAGAACAGUUACGGGCAUAUGCAAGGGAAAGGGGGAAGAAUUCUGAAGCGCUUAAUCAGAGAAUUUGCAGAUAGUCACCGCAGUAUUCCGAAUCCAAGUUGAUGGUCAUCGAGACUGUUGAUAGGCAUGACCUGAAACACUUGUUGCAACAUUUUGAAGUCUGGCUGAUCUCGGAGUCGACCAUCUAGUUUAAGCUCCCCAAAUUCAACUAAUGAGCAUUCCCAAGUAGCCUACAAUUUUGUGUACAGUAUUCCCAAUUUUGUCAGACUCUCAUUCUCAUAGUGUCAAGUUAUUUUCUCCAUGUUUUGUCUCGUUUUUGCCAUGACUAAAGGUGGCUAGGAGAAGGAUCCAAUUAGUACAAACAAAUUAAAUAAGUGAAUAUUUACGCCAUUCUCA